AUGGAACGUGGAUCGAUACUCCAAUACCACUUUUGGGUUCUGAAUCCGUACCUUGACUUGACACGAGACAGCAAGUCCAGCCACCGCUAUUCGAACGAAGUGUAUUAUAAAUUCAAGGACAGCGAUCGAAGAACACCAGUCCGAGACAGCUGCGGCGAAGAAGUUUACAACAGGCAAGAGUCAACAGGUGCCUCCGAAUCGGAUAGAAACAACGGUGUUGAAAUGGCUUAG